AUGGCACCGGCACCAGAUCAGGAAGAAACACUUCAACCUUCACGCCUGGCCGCAGCGCCCUUAUUCUCUGCGUCGCUGACUACAGCCGAGCCCACAAGGCGUGUCGACAGCGGCCUUCAGGAAAUGCUGCCUCAGCGUGAAGCCCCAAAACCGUGGCAGCAGAUGCCAGAUGGCGCCAGUCUCAUCAGCCAUCGCCACGGCAUCAUCGACAAAAUACCGCAGUGCCUGAGAGAUGGUCGGCAGUAA